UAAAAAUGAAUUAUCAUCAAUAAUAAGUUAUAAUUAUUGAAUGUUACUUUUCAGAUUAAUAUCAACAAGCAAAGAGAAGGAAGGAAAAUCUGUCACUUCAAUACAAUUUAGUCUUUGUAGUCAAAACAGUAGAGAAAAUAUUGGUAACCAUUAUAUAACAUUAAAAGUAAAUAAUAGACAAACAGCAAAAGAUUGCAUUAAACUAUUACUAGAACAAUUAAGUCAAAAUGGAAUUAAUGAAUAUCAGUUAUGGAUUAAAUCAAGAAAAGAUGAUGCUCCUUAUCCAUUAAUUGGUAAGAGAUCAUUUUAAUGUACAGUACAUAGAAAUUAUAAUAUGCUUACCAAAAUUUUACAUACACCCUUAAGAAGAAAUUUGUUUCCAAUCUUUCUU